AUGUCGUUGUUUGGUGGUAGCGCUCCGCCACCGCCCUCCUCCUACGAAUCUACAACCUCAUCGUCUUCAUCGGCGCGCUCGUCACCGUCAGUCGAGGAGAUCCCGGACCCGCGCAACGUGCAAGAAGCACACACUCCCGCUAUCCCGAUUUCUUUAGACGUAAACGAUGACCUGGAUACCGAUAGCGAGUCGGCACGCGACGAGUCCGAGGAAGAGGACGACGACGACGAGGUACCGGCGCGCCCGAAUCGCUUUGACGGACCGCCCCAAACAUGGCAGAGCUACACAGAAGCGGAUCGCCAGAUAGCCGACUCCCUCGAUCAGCUGCAAGAGACAGAUCUUGCAGUACAUCUGUACAACGCGUAUGCGCUCAAGCGCCGGUUACGACGAGCGCCAGAAGACACGGCGAAGUUCAAGAACUGGCAGAGUAGGGACAACUGGCUCAAGACUGGGCAGGAUCUAGAAUACGUGGAUGCGGCAGGAUUUACGCAGACGGCGGUUGUGCCUUCCAAAGAGUGGACGGCAUGGCCAAUCCCUCCAGACGAAGAGCCUCCGAGCAACCAUGUGGACGAAUGGACUAUUGGAAGUGCAAACACCGAAGAUGCAGGAGAUGAGCUGCGAGAGGAACUCCUAGCUGUUUUCUUGCGGCUGGCUAAAGAGAAGUGGAACUCACGCGAAACGCCCUUGUCUGACUCCGACGCUGGAGACCACAUAUCAGCUUCGCGAAGCAGAUCUCGAUCACAAAGCGCCGAUACUGCGAAACUGAACAACAAGCCCAGGGCACAAGCCAGGAUGGACGACGUCGAGGACGGCAAUGAUACCGAACGCGAUCAGACGACUGGAAAGAAACGUGGCAGAAAACCUCGCAUAGAGAUACUCGUGGAGCCGACUUUGUUAGCAGACGACGCUAGGGCACAGCGACUUCUCCAGCCGACAAUACAGAACAUGAUGGGGAAGCUAGACAAGCUGGCGCUAGCCAUCCGCCGAACGCGCGUCAAUCACUUUGGUCGUGGAGAGCUAGGCGAUUCUUCUAUGAGCGAAUACACUUCAGGUGCCGAGUCGAGCGGUCCGAGAUCAAGGUCUACAUCGAGAGCCCGAUCGAAGAGUGCGACAGGCCGCAGAUCUAGCACUCGACCACCUUCGCGCGCAACGUCUAGAGAGGUUGAUCGCACAGUACGACAAAAGACAAAAGCCGCCAGAAAGGCAACAGAUGAAAGAGAGCCCGCCAAUGACGAUGACAUCUCAAGCGGAGGAUCUGACUGGGAACAGUCUAACAAGAUCCCUCGCGAACGGAAGCGCCGCAGAUCCUCAAGCAGCAUGGGCGAUAGCGAUAGUUCCGGAGAAGAAGGGAUACUACGGGAAGGGCUUUUGGACUGGAGUGAAGUGCUUGGACUAGCAGCAGUGCAAGGCUGGAACGAAGGAGCUAUCGCACGUACAGCCCAGCGCUGCGCAACUCUGUUUGGCGAGGGCAUGUCUUUCAUGCCCUUCCACGAAGCCCUCGCAACAAAAGCCGCCCCCGAACCCAUAUCCUACACACCUCUGACCAUACCGCCUCCGACCAUCCCCUCGAUCUCACAGCCUCCGCCACCCAAACGACCCUUCUUCCAAAUCGGCACACUGCGUUGCCCGCACGCAGAUUGCUGGAGGCACGAGGAAGACGCCCCGUUGGCCUACCGCGUCGUCGAGCAUUGCAUGCGAGUACACGGCUACGACCCUAGAACUAAUGACUCGGACAAUGAAGAACGGACGGUUGGUGGUGUGCAUAUUGAUGGGUUCUUACGGCCUAUUACGGCGAAGCAGGGCUGGCUUGGGAAUGGGAGGGCGAAGGCUGGGAAGGUUAGCAAGAGGGCGAGGACGGGGCAGAGUAGUAGUCGGGGGGUUUCAGAAGCGGCUUUGAGUGCUGGGGAGGAAUAG